AAAAAAAAAAACAGAACGCCAUGAAGAUCUUUUAUGCUGUUUUAUUCACCUUGGUAUCUGUGCAGUGUAAAAGUGUCAUUGACAAGGCGAGAGAGAAUGGGAUAAAAUGGCUGCUAAAGGCCAGAAACGCCGAGUCGGGUUGGGGAAUGCGAAGUGAGGCGGAGGCCAUCACGGCGCUUCAGUUAGCUGACGGAGAUGGCUGGUAUGGUCCCAACAACCAGGACACCGUCGCCAGCGUCAAAGAAAUGAAUUUGGUUCUCCUGACAGCUAUAAGACACUACCCAAGUUUUGACACGGCCGCUUGGUAUGGCGGGAAACUUGGCCAGUUCAUCAACGGCCUUGUGUCUACCUGUCAAAAUCCGACAAAGUUUAAUGGCAAUAACCUCAUAAAACUUCUCAUGAACCAAAUGAACAACUUUCCCAAGUAUUAUUUUAACCAGAACUUCGCCUACAGCUGGGCAGUAUUAGCUCUGUGCAACUCAGGUGCUAUAAAUGAGACGUACUACAAACGUCUUGUGGAUGGUGCUGGGAAUUAUGCUUUUGGAGUUGAUGAAGCUGCAAUAUCAGUGACUGCAUUGUCUUGUGUGAGAGACCAGACAGGGGCCGCUGACGUCACAUCUGCCAUCAACACUGGGAUCCAGUAUAUACUGUCUAAUAUCAAACCGGAUGGUUCAUUUGGCAACCAAUACACUACUGGACUGGCAGUUCAGGCUCUGUAUGCAGAUGAUAAAAGCAGUCGAAAUCAGAUCAAGGAGAAAGCUCAACUCUCCCUCUUGACCCAUCAACAACGGGAUGGUUCGUUUGGAGGAGUGACAGCUGCCAAUCAGGUUCUCCCCGCCCUUGCUGGCAAAUCAUACGCUGAUUUGGGGGACAUCAAGAUCUGUCAGAAGGCCACACCCCCUGUCACUACUACUCAAGGUCCGCCCAGUACGACUACAACCCCCCCACAACUAGCAUUCACCAUCCAGGCAGUUGCUAAUAUAGAAGGACACAAUGAAAAAGAGAGUUACCACGUCAACGUUCCAAUAGGAUCAUCCUUGUACGUCUCUAUGGAUAUUCUUCAGAAAAGAGUAUCAAAUUUCAGUUUUAAGGCAAAGGACACCUCCCUUGGUCACUACAUCACCGAGGUUAACGGAAUAUCGGAGGAUCCAGUUAAAAGAACGUAUUGGCAAAUUCUUAAGGCACCGAACACCCCAUUGCAAGUGGGAGUCGACGGCUAUAUCCCGAAACCCAGAGAUAUCAUUAUCUUCCGACUGUCUAAGUAUUAGCUAGAAUGAGAGAUCAUCAAGUACCUGUAUAUCAAUUAGACAUUGAAUACAUCGGCUAUAACCCACUGAAUUCAUUAUCUUUCGACUCUCCACGAUAUUUAUUUAUUUA